AACGUCUCUAGUUCCAGCAAAUCAAAUAACCCCCGAAAGUAUCUGCCGUUAUCAUCAGCGGUAAACCCCCGCAUGCAUCUGCCGCGUUGGCGAAUGACGCCAUUGGCGUCCGUUUAUUCGAGAGACCUUCUUUGCUCUUUCGUGGAAACAAAAUCAAGACGAUCUCGAAGCCCACCCCCUCUCUCCUCUCUCUAAAACCCAUCACGCCCACACCGAUACUUUGAUCAAUUCCCUCAAAAACCCAGUUGCCCAAAUCCAGUCUUUUCUCUUUCUCGCUCGAGUAUUUUCAUUUCGCUUUCAUCACAACAGCGUGUAAGCCUCGAAGCUUUCGGCCGACACAGAGGCGCAAACCAACAAAUAUCCAAAAUCAGUGGCCGACAAACGAAGGUUGUUUCAAUUUCCCAUCUAUAUCUUAGCUGCUUUUAGGAUUAUGACAAGUUUGGUGGGGUAGCUUACCCGAUUUCAUUGACGGAGUUUUCAAACUUUGGUGCCUUUGAAUCUUCCUUUCAUUGUUCACAUCUGUUUUUUUGACCGAUGCUGAUUAAUUGAGUGAAGGUGGAAAACCCAAUGUUCUGAAACGCCUUCUUAUUGUUGUUGUCAUUUUCUCGAAUUGAAGGAGGGGAAACUAUUUGGAGUCAAUUGGGGUUGAUAACCUCAUUGGAGCAAGUUUUAAGAUUUCGGUGAAUAAGUUGCAACUUGCAAGCAAAUCAUAGCUGAAGAACCUAUCGUUGGGCUCUUCUAAGCAUAAAUUGAUUGCUGAUAAGGAGUUUGAAGUUUAGGCGAAUAAUUGAAGUUGGUUGUAACUGAGGAAGAUGGUUGAAAAUUCUGAGGCAAUGACAAACAGUGUGCUCCCAAACGGGUCUAUUCAAAACUCAAAUGGGCACACAGAAGAGAAGCUAGACGAGCUUCGAUGCCUUUUGGGGAAAGCGGACGGCGAUCCAUUGAGGAUUGUUGGGGUUGGGGCGGGUGCUUGGGGUAGUGUUUUCUUAGCCCUGCUACAAGAUAGUUAUGGUCACCUUCGCGAGAAGGUUCAGAUAAGGAUAUGGAGAAGAGCCGGGAGAUCUGUGGAUAAAGCAACAGCUGAGCACUUAUUUGAGGUUAUAAACUCAAGGGAAGAUGUGUUGAGGAGACUGAUUAGGCGAUGCGCGUACUUGAAGUAUGUGGAAGCAAGAUUAGGUGAUCGGACACUCCAUGCAGAUGAGAUUUUGAAAGAUGGGUUUUGCUUGAACAUGAUUGACACACCACUUUGCCCUUUAAAGGUGGUCACCAACUUGCAGGAGGCUGUGUGGGAUGCGGAUGUUGUUAUAAAUGGGUUGCCAUCAACGGAAACUCGUGAGGUGUUUCAAGAAAUUAGUAGGUAUUGGAAGGAGAGAAUUACAGCGCCAGUGAUCAUUUCUUUGGCAAAAGGUAUAGAGGCUGAAUUGGAGCCCGAACCACGCAUUAUAACACCCACUCAAAUGAUCAACCGGGCGACUGGAGUUCCCGUUGAGAAUAUUCUGUAUCUUGGGGGACCCAACAUUGCAUCAGAGAUUUACAACAAGGAAUAUGCUAACGCACGGAUAUGUGGAGCUGAAAAAUGGAGGAAACCAUUAGCAAAAUUUCUGAGGCAGCCCCAUUUUAUUGUGUGGGAUAAUGGUGAUCUUGUCACUCAUGAAGUUAUGGGAGGCUUAAAAAAUGUGUAUGCUAUUGGAGCUGGUAUGAUAGCAGCUCUGACUAAAGAAAGUGCCACCAGCCAAUCUGUAUACUUUGCUCUCUGUACAUCAGAGAUGAUAUUUAUUACUCAUCUCUUGGCCGAAGAACCAGAGAAGCUUGCAGGUCCCUUGUUGGCGGACACUUAUGUAACCCUAUUGAAAGGUCGUAAUGCAUGGUACGGCCAGAAGUUGGCCAAAGGGGAGCUGAGUCUAGAUAUGGGUGACAGCAUCAAGGGAAAGGGGAUGAUUCAGGGAGUCUCAGCUGUGAAAGCAUUUUAUGAACUGCUAAGUCAGUCCCAUAUAAGUGUGCUACAUCCUGAAGAAAAGAAGCCCGUUGCUCCAGUUGAGCUUUGCCCCCUCUUGAAGACACUAUACAGAACAUUAAUUACAAGGGAGCUUCCAACAGAGGCCAUACUUCAAGCACUGAGAGAUGAAACCAUGCAUGAUCCACGCGAACGGAUUGAGAUAGCGCAGAGUCAUGUGUUCUACAGACCUUCACUUCUUGGGCAGUAGUGUCAAUGGCCCAUAGUUCUGUGCCUCCUUUGACUACAACCUUUGGAUGAAAGCAUGGGCGAAUCAAACCUUUGGGAACCACUAGGUACCUUAUGUAACAAGGUUUUGUUGUAGCAUGCUCUGAAGAAGCCGGCGGAAGUUGUGUUGUAUGGUUAUAUUGGAAAUAUUCGUUUGUUUUUUCAACUUAUUUGUUUUGAUUGUUUGAUUACAGUGCCUUUGAUUGCAGGAUCAAUGUAAGUUUCUUCACACUUAUGGAGAUUAUAUAACGAAAAGAUUGAUCC